CAACGAUUGUGCAUGGCAGCCAGCAGCGACGACCGACAACAAAACUUGUUUCAAAAGCUGAAACCACUAUGCGUGCCUCUGUUGGAAAAGUCGCAACUAACACCCGUCAACGUCCCUACCGUCCUCCAUUUACUGUCCGAUCUCGAGAAUACGUUGCAUCGCGAAUCUGAACGCCAACUAUCGACUUCGCUGGCGUCUUAUGUAUUCUAUCCCAUCUCGACGAUACUGCGACGAAAUGCACUAGCACAAAUCCCCGAUCGCGUACUAGAGCGAGUGCUCAACGUACUUACGGUUCUCUGCGAAUCCUGGUGGUGGGACUGCGAGUCAGAAGUAUGGACCCAGCUCUUUAUGCUAUCUAGUUCUAUACUCGGUGGCCUGGAGGGCAAGGGGAAAGACAAGCUCAGAAGUGAUGAAACCAGGGAAGCUGCCGCGAUGUGUUUGCUAGCACUAACGCAUGAACGAGACAACUCGGAACCGCCUCCCGGAGCUGCAGAGGGACUAUGUUCUGCACGCAUAGCAUUGCUGCAAGGUCACACUCAAUCCGCGAGGUUCAUACCCGUUCUCGGCCAGACCAUCGAUUCCCUCUUAACCACGUCUAAAUCUCGUCACAGACCCCUUCAGCACGUUUCUCUCCAGCUGUUGGAUGUGAUAAUUAGGGUUUAUGCUCCUAACCGCCUCGUUGCGUCAGUGCUACCUGGCAUCGUUAGCACCAUGUCCAGGGUUGCUCUGGGUACACAAGAAAACAAAGGGUGGGCGAACGGUAACAUCGUUGCAGGUGCACUGCUCGUCAUGCAGAAUACGAUAGCCAUAUCUAUAGGAGACGCAGUGUGUAUCGCCGAUGGCGCGGUGCGCAGCUUCGUUGUCCUUGAGGACCUGGUGCAUCUGAGUUGCUCCCCGAAUCCAACGAAGGAUACAACAGGGGCGUCCUACCUCAUCACUCGUACGCCUAGUUGGUUACAUGCUUCUGCGUCUCAACUGCAUAUCGCGUUGAAUGCCUUGACGCCACUGGUUUAUCAUCCAACGGCCGUGGCUCUAAUAGCGCUCGCGAACAUGGCGAAAGAGAUCCUCUCGACCACAUCUUUGACCCUUCCCCAGUCGCAGCCACUUCUACUAUCCUGGCUACUAUCCCUUUCUAACUCAUCGUACCCCAGGGUUGCCGACGCUGCCUACACGUCUUUACUGCACGUCCUCACUGGCAGUCCAGCAAAUGUGCGCCAGGUUCUGCUUCAGACUUUGAUGCACAUAUCCAAAGAGUGUAUGAUCUCCCUGCCGGUUUCUAUCGCCUCUCAGGCAGAUGCUCGAAUAGAAGAUAUCGCUGGACACGUGGAAGUAAUUUGCCGCCUUGCCGUGUCGAUGUCUGAUAUCCCUAAAGAUAUUGGACUGUCUUCUAUCUCUGGUACUCUGCAUUAUAUCUUGGGGCCUGGUGGAGGUAUUGAAAAAUGGGGGUGGACUCUUUUGUCGGUUCUCCAAUUCAAACCUCCUCCCGUCAGCAUCAAUCCGGUCUCCAUAUCACAACUUCUUUUGGAGGGGAAUCCAGAUACUAUUGAGAGAGUCACAUUCCCGGAAGUUACACUGAAGAAUGCCAUUUCCAGAUAUGCAACCGACCCCCUUGCGAGCAUGUUCCGUGCUCUGGGCCGUGCAAGUGGAGAUCACUGCCUAUAUGCUGUAGAGUGGUUCGUGAAGCUUGGCCUCCACUCCAAAUCCAGUGCUGCUGCGUCGUCACUGUGGUGCGCGGUUAGACUGCUGGAGGGGGUUAGUGGCAUACCUUUAACCAGCGAUGGAUUACAGAACCAGGGCGUGACGAGCUACAGCAAGCAUCUGGAGAAGUUCAUCAGGGGCCUAACUCGGGAGGUUGCAGAGCUAUGGACUGUGGAGCCUGUGGAUCCAAGCACAGCACCGUCAGAGGUGCGUGAAGGCGACGAGCUUUCCCCCCGAACAGAAGUUGUGAAGGGAGUGAAGGAAAUCAGAGUAACCCUCGACAUCGUGGAACCACGUCCGCCAACGACGCCAACAGCCGACGAUCAAUCGCUACUGCACCGAGCGUUUUGUCUGCAGCUCCUUGCGCUAGGUGCAGGCAUUCUGCAAGCUCGGUUCACGGGGUUGCUUAUCCACGUCAUCUAUCCUGUCUUACAUUCAAUAAUAUCUCCUAACCAUCACUGUUCCCUGAGUGGCAUGGCAGCUCUCGCCUUCAUUGCAAAUGCUACGUCCUACGCAUCGCCGGGAAGCCUUUUACUGUCUCACUUUGAUUAUGCACUCGACGGAGUGUCACGUCGUCUCAAUCGCAGAUGGUUUGACGUGGACGCUACGAAGGUUCUGGCGGUCCUAGUGCGCUUGGUUGGCAGUGACAUCGUGGAAAAAGCGGGCGACGUUGUAGAGGAAUGUUUUGACCGACUUGAUGAAUAUCACGGUUACGAAGUCAUCGUAGAAGGCCUGAUGGAGGUACUUGGAGAAGUUGUUAAGGCUAUCGAAGCGGACGAACCACAUGUCCGUGACGAGGUGGCGGAAGAUAACUCGCAAAUGGCCCACGAUCUCCAACCACUAUACGAUUGGAUCACCCAUCGUAACGAUCCUCUACUUGAUAGCGAUCACACGGACUACGGCCCUGCGCCACGCCAAGCGUGGCACGACCUCAGACAUGACGAAGGUGGACAAGGCGAACCGCAGAUCGGUGAUGAUCAACGCGAGGAAGAUCCCGCUGAGCAAGCGCUGACAUCAGUGCAAUCUCUCACCAAGCAGAUGGUUUCACGUUCGGUCCAUUUUCUAACCUACGGUUCACCAGUUAUCCGCACACGCAUUCUGUCACUUCUGACAUCUGCAACACCUGUCAUGCCUGAAUCAGCACUCCUUCCCUCGAUCCAUCAAGCUUGGCCGUUUAUUUUGAACCGCCUUAACGACCAGGAGUUGUUUGUUGUCAGUGCAACAGCAGAGCUGAUUGAAGCACUGGCCACCCAUGUAGGCAGCUUCAUGGGUCGCAGAAUAUGGGACGACAUCUGGCCCCGUUUUCACGCCAUUCUCAAAAAGCUCGAAAGCACUGACGGACAAAGCGCUUUGGCUCGGAGAGGUUACGGCGCUGUGGGCACCGACUCGGCCUACACCAACUCUCACCGGUUGUAUCGGUCAAUUAUUAAAACGAUGACCGCCGCCGUGAACGGAGUUUAUAUGCAAGAUGGAGCUGGGUGGGACGUUAUCUUGGCUUUUAGGCGUUUCUUACACCGCGGAGCACAUACGGAGCUACAGAUGUGGGCGAGGGAAUUAUACGCGACGCUCAGCAAGGGCAACGAGGAUGCCGUAUGGCUAGCGCUUAUGGCUACAUCAGGCCGUCUAACGGGCGAUGUUGCUUUUUUAAGAGAAGUCAGGUGGGACAUCAAUGACAAUAUAUUGUUGCUACUGAAUGAGUAGCCUUUCUGCGUGGCGAGCGAGUCACGCAAUCGUAGUUGGAAAGUGCCGUCGGAUGUGUAUUCCGGCUUCCUGAAAAAGUCGAGCAGAGUCCUCAUCACUGCAUGAAGGACUACCUCCUUGACGCCGCUCUGAAUGAUCUUUAUUGUACAUUUCAAGCACGGACAUCUGGGGAAAAACAAUGGCAG